GAAUUACACAUACCUCGGCGAAACUGUUCUGCGGGAAAAAGGGACACGAUAUCCGAUCGCGCGAUCGCUCCACCGAUCACUCGAGAAUGCAGAAUGCCAGCCAAUCUCCGCAGAAUAAUGUAUGGAAACAGAUGUUUCUCAUAAAACAUCGCCGCUCAGUUCGCAACGGUGCGUAGCCGACUGGCAAAUAUAUACAAUUAUAACUGCCGUAGCAGUCAGGUGCAUUGCGAAUUAUUGCUUGCGACAAGCUUUUUCUGCAUACGGAUAGGCAGGCGUUUCCUCGCGCUGCAACGACAGUAAAAAGAGAAUCGCUAUGGCCCCAAAAUGCGAUCACGCGAGGACUCUAGAGUUUUAUAGCAAAGUACAAUGAGAUUUAUAUGCAGCUAGCAGGUCGCAACAGAAGUAAUAUUGCAUAAACGUUCAGUGUACUUUGUAACUACCUUGAGGAAGUGCUUUUACGCAAACGGAGCUUCCUAAUAGCAUGGCUCUAGUUUAAAGGCGUGUGGGUGUUAUCGCGCGGAUGGUCGGAUGGGAAAAUUGACGUUCGGUCGCCGUUGUUAUUGGUUCGACGACGAGGUACGAGAACCACUGGGAAAAUGUGAACGUAUGGACACCCGACGUUGUCUGUCCGGCUCGACUCGGUGUUCAGUGUCGUCAGUUCGAUCCGGUCAGUGGGCCAUUCAGCAUGAACAACGAGCGCAAGGAUGAAGGGUCCGUUUAUUCGGUCGGAAGCCAAAAUCACCUAGUGUCGAUAAGAUCCAGGAAAACUUUCUUCAAGAAGCGAACGCAGAUUUCUAAUCUGACGGUGAUAAUCCUUUGCUUCCUGGUGGGUUCCUUGUUCAUAACAGUUGUCGUGCUUGCAGUACUUUAUGCACGCAAGAGCAUGGUGAAGAUAUGUGAUAGCGAGGAUUGCGUUCGAGUAGCGGCUAGUUUGAAGGAAUCUAUGAACGUAUCGGUAAAUCCUUGCGAUGAUUUUUAUCAAUAUGCAUGCGGCAGAUGGUCGCAGGAACAUCCCAUCCCGGAUUCCAGCCUGACGAAUUCCUGGUUUAGCGAGCGCAGCGAUCGCGUAAUCAGAAAGAUAAGGGAUUUGCUAAAAGUUAAUAUGUCUGCCAGCGAAGUACCCUGGGCAGUGAUGCAGGCCAAGACUCUGUUCACCAGCUGCAUGGACGUGUAUACCAUCAACGAACUCAAUUUGUCGCCAUUAUUUUAUUUGCUGGAGUUAUUAAAUUUGCCCCUGUUGCCUGCGUUUGUUACUAACACAACGACCAAUUACAUAGAGCAACUCGCUACGAUAAAAAGAACUUUGGGCUACGACGUUUUCUUUGGCUUCGGUCUCAUGCCUGAUCCUAGGAACAGGAGCAGAAACAUAAUGGCCUUUCACUUUCCGGAUCAUUCCAAUCCUUUUCCCGCCGAUAAAGAAGUGGAGAAGCGGUUGCGAACCAUCAGAUCGCAACUACGAAAACGAGGUGAUUUAGAUGAUGAAGCUAUGUUGCUCGAGAACGAAGACGCCGAACUCACCUAUAUGACUGAUGUUAUUAAAGAAGUCAUCUACAAUGGCACUGUUAAUGAAUGUACCUCGGAGGAUGAAUUGAUAAUGGACAAUAAUGAAUUGGAAGAAUUUGUUCAUAUGCUUUAUAACCUAAGCAACCUUAUUUAUUACGCGGGACGUGCAGAUAAAAAUAAGAGUAUUUCCUUAGAAGGCUUGAGCGAUGACGAUUUUCUGAUGGUAGACGAUUUACAACAGUUGACAGACGAGUAUGUAACGGAUACUAAUUCGUCUUUAACGCCUAAACUGAUUUGGCGGCCCUUUAUUGAAUCCCUUUUCGAGGGUAUCGUUACGUUGAAUCUUGACAAGGAUAAAAUUCUCAUCGGCAAUUUGGAUUAUUUGAAAAAAGUGGCAUUGGUGUUAACUGCUUACGAGGAGGAAGAGCUGGAAAGCUACAUUUGGUGGGCCAUUGUGGAUAUUGUGGUGCCCCACUCGUCCAACAAGCUCAAGGAAAUUUGGAACGAGUAUGUGAAUGAGUUAACAGACGUGGAAGUAGCAGAGUCACAGUCGUUGCUUUGUGCGUCAGUUGUCAAUGAAUUAAUGGGAAUGGCGGUAUCACGGCUGUACGUAGAUCCCACAUUUCACAAUAAGAAAGUCAAUAAAGUAUUGGAAAUGCUGGACGAUAUAAAAGAGGCGUUCGCCUCGCUUGUCAUUAAGACAGAUUGGAUGGAUCAGUCAACGAGAAAAGCGACACUCGAGAAGAGCCGGAAAAUGGAAUCUGAAAUUGGAUUUCCCCCGUGGCUCUUCAAUGAGAAGAAGCUCAACGAGUAUUACAAAGGCAUAGACCUGUCGGAAACGAAAUAUCUGGAGAACAUGAUGCAAAUCGUUCGAUUGCAAUGGAACACCACGUGGACGUGCCUAUAUGACGAUAAUUUAUUCAACGAGUCAUACUGGGCAACUGACCCUACCGAUGUAAAUGCGUUCCACACGUUUCAACUUAAUCAUAUAACCAUACCUGCCGGAAUUCUUCAAUUCCCAUUUUAUGAAUUGGGUCUUGAGGCCUUAAAUUACGGCGCCAUCGGCACGGUGCUUGGACAUGAAUUAACUCAUGGAUUCGACAAUAGCGGUCGACAUUACGACGGCGAUGGAAAUCUCCGGCAAUGGUGGACCAACGAGACAAUCUCGGAGUACUCGGACAGAACUCAAUGCUUCAUAGAUCACUACGAUACAUAUUACGAGAAUGAGGUCGACGAUUACAUCAACGGCAAACGGACCUUGGGCGAGAACAUCGCCGAUAAUGGCGGCCUUCGCGAGGCCGUCGUUGCUUACGAAAGAUGGAAGACUCGGCACGGUCGGGAACCGCUACUUCCGGGAUUCACGCAGUUUACGCAUGAGCAGUUACUUUUUCUUUCUUUCGCGCAUUUGUGGUGCGAAUCUUAUACUGCUACAUCACUGAAGUGGAUGCUAGAAGAUUCUCAUUGCCCCGGUCACGUCAGACUUCAAGCUGUACUAAAAAAUUCCAAGGAAUUUAGCGCCACGUGGAAUUGUCCCGCAGGAUCGAACAUGAACCCGUCGAGAAAGUGUCACGUGUGGUAACAACUGCGUCUUCAACUGAUCAAAAUACAAAGUUUGUUAUUUAAUAUCGUUGAUCAAUCAAAUGUUUAUUAUUUUGUGAUCUGGAGUCAGUAAAGCUCACGUGCAAAGCGAUAAUAAUCCAGCGUUAAAUUAAAACAAUUAAUUUUUCAUCUCGUGAGACUCAAAAUUACAAUAAUGUAAGAACAAUAUU